UCAGAAAGCUCCAGCCAGUAGGGAAAGCUGGACUGAGAUGAAAUGAUGUCUGUUGGUUGGGCUCUUUAGUGUAUGUGUAGGGUGGACUGCGACUGAACGUCUCGAGACCCACGUCUCUCACGUAGGACACUGUCUGCUUUCGGGAGCCGUAUCCUGUUUUCUAAGAAUCCGUAAGGAUGGGAUUAAAUUUACCAGAACAGUGAAUGUUUUGCCUCGCUUUUAAAACGAUUUUCGCGGUUCGUGUCGUUUUAACUGCUUGUUGCAGUAUUUAUAUGGGGUUGACGACAGUACUGUAACUUGAAGUCGUGACCAGCAGGAUUCGUCACUCUUCUAUAUUCAAUGAAACACGUUUGCAGCUACAACAUCGCUGCAAGCCUCAGGAGGUCCUGCGUGCCCAGUUGGUCUUAAAGGAGCCGUCAAAGCAGCACACAAGGGUAAAAUGACUAUGUCCGUCCCAGAGAACAUAUCGGGGUCCGGGGGGAAAGAGGAGGAGAGUGAAGAUGAGAGUGAAAUCUUGGAGGAAAGCCCCUGCGGCCGCUGGCAGAAGAGACGGGAGCAGAAGAAAGUCACACUGGUUUGGAAUGACAUGAAGGUCAGUCAGGGAAAUGUCCCAGGCAUUGAGAGUGCAUACUUGGCCAUGGACACUGAAGAGGGGGUGGAGGUGGUGUGGAACGAAGUGCAGUUUUCAGACAAGAAGGUUUUCAAGUCCUUUGAGGAGCGGAUACGAGAGAUGUUUGAGAACCUGAUGCAGGUGGAGCAUCCGAACAUCGUAAAGUUUCACAAGUACUGGCUGGACAUGAGAGAGAGCAGAGCGAGGGUGAUUUUUAUUACUGAGUAUAUGUCAUCUGGAAGUCUCAAGCAGUUUUUGAAGAAGACCAAGAAAAAUCACAAAACUAUGAAUGUGAAGGCAUGGAAGCGUUGGUGCACGCAGAUACUUUCUGCACUCAGUUACUUACAUUCAUGUGAUCCGCCCAUUAUCCACGGUAACCUGACCUGUGACACUAUCUUUAUCCAGCACAACGGCCUCAUAAAGAUUGGCUCAGUUUGGCACAGGCUGUUUGUAAAUGUAUUUGCUGAGGCGAUUCAUGGGAACGUGCAUCAACAUCGAGAUGAAAUGCGUAACCAGCAUUUUUUUGCUCCAGAGUAUGGAAUUGCUGAAGAUGACUAUGCCAUCGAUAUAUUUUCAUUUGGUAUCUGUGCCUUGGAGAUGGCAGUAUUGGAAAUCCAGGCCAAUGGAGACGCUGCAGUUUCGAAAGAGGCCAUUGAUCAUGCUGGAGAGUCACUUGAGGACCCUCUCAUGAGGGAAUUUAUCCAGUCGUGUGUACGCACGGAAGCCAAGUCGAGACCCACGGCUCAUGACCUGCUCUUCCACAGAGUGUUAUUUGAGGUCCACUCCUUAAAACUGCUUGCUGCGCAUUGCUUUAUCAAUAACCAGUAUCUCCUCCCUGAGAAUUGUGUGGAAGAGAAGACCAAAUCUUUUGACCCUAAUGGUAUCAUGGCAGAGAUUAAUCAUCGUGACCGACCUGGAGUCCAUCUAAAGUAUUCUCAUGUAUCACCUCUGGAACUGGACAAAUUCCUUGAGGAUGUGAAAAAUGGCAUAUAUCCGCUGAUGAACUUUGCUUCCCACCGGCCGCAUCCUAUCCCCCGCGCUCUUUCUUUAUCGCAGGAACAGAUGGAGACUGUGAAGACCCCAACCCCAGAACCACAGGAGACUGAAACCAGAAAGGUUGUCCAGAUCCACUGUAAUCUGGAAGCAAAUGAGGAAGGCACAAGGAGUCAUCUCUCUCUCUUUUUAAAGAUGGAUGACAGACUUCACCGUCAGCUUAGCUGUGAUGUUUUGCCAUCUGACAGUCCCAAAGAUUUGGCUAGUGAGUUGGUUCACCAUGCUUUUAUCAGUGAGGAAGACUGUGAGAAGAUGGCAUGUUUCCUUGAGGAUGCAUUAUGUAAGCAUUGGUCAGGGACGUCCACCUCCCCUACUGCCAUGGCUGUGAUGUACUAAGCCCAGCUGGUCCCAUAAUAGACAGACAGUGCUUGAAGACUGGGCCAGAGCUUGAGGAAAAAGAGAGAGCGAAAGAUCCAGAUUGACAAGAGGGAAAUGAGACCAAAAGUGCAACAUUACAUAAUGAAGGUCAUGACAAGAUGGCUCGAGAAUUAGCGAUGGACCGGGGAAGAAAGCUCACACCACACCGCAUGGUACCUGCACAAACUCCAAAGAGCUCAAACUUUUAACUUUGAUCUUGAAGUUUAAUUACUGAUGUCAUUUUACUAUAACGAAGAAAUACAUUUCCAUUACUUGCAGAGAUUCUGCCUUCAGUGCCAGCAUUUUGGGUUGUGAAUUUUUUUUUUUUUAAAUGACGGAUUUUUAAAAACAUUGUGUCUAUGGCGUAAUCCAUCCUCAUCUAGCAAAGGACAAAGUUUGACAAAAACAGAUGAUUUUUAGGAUGACAGAGCUUCAGGAACCUGAGAGAGGAAGCUAAAUGUCCAAGAAAUAUUUGCUGCUUCCCAUCAGGCAAUAUGAUUGGAGUCUGUUUGUUCCAUACUUAAAUGUAUUAUUUAUUAUUUUAAACAAUUAAUACAUGGUCUUGGGAUACAUGUUUAAAAGGAAAGCGUAUCAAAAGGUUUAAUUCUACAUUAUCUUAUUCUGUAUGCUUUAACAAGCUGACGUUGAGCAAACGAAUGUACGGUACAAUGACAAGUGCUCUUGGAACCUGCUAUAAUUAUAUUUCUUUUUCGAAUUUUUUUUCAGACCUUCAAAUUAAUUUCUUGUGAUUCUUACAGUUUUAAAAUGUCUCUGUUCUGAAUUGCUUCCAUGACACUAUGUGUUGAUCUCAAUAGCUUUUCUCAUGCAGACGGUAAUGAACUUCGCAAAUAUUUGUAAACCAUGGCAAUAAUGGUAUCCUAGAAUGGUAUACUAUCGUUUAAAAGUUUGAGGUCGGUGAGAUUUUAUGUUUUGAAGGAAAUUAAUACUUUUAUUCAGCAAGGACGCAU